GGCACUAGGGGGCGGAGCCCGGCCUGUCUUCCCCGGGCUCCCCGCUCCCUGCGGGGCGGCCGCGGCCACCUGCGCCCCGCCCCUGCGGCCGCGCCCAGGCCCGGGAACCGCGGAGGCGCGCCUCCGCCUUGGGAAGGGCGAGUUCCCGUCUCGACCCGCGGGCAGGUCCCGGGAUGCGGCUGCGCUGAGGGCCCUCCGCCCGCCCAUCGACGAGCCCGGCCUCCCUGAGUGCCUUUCCCGGCGGUGAGAAGGUGGGCUUGUAGCCGGCCAAGAUGACCAACCCUGCGGCCACGCAGAACAAGGAAAUAGACUGUCUGAGCCCAGAAGCUCAGAGACUGGCGGAGGCCCGGUUGGCAGCGAAGCGCGCAGCCCGCGCCGAGGCUCGAGAGAUCCGCAUGAAGGAGCUGGAGCGGCAGCAGAGGGAGAUCUAUCAAGUUCAAAAGAAAUAUUAUGGGCUGGAUACAAAAUGGGGUGACAUCGAGCAGUGGAUGGAAGACAGUGAGCGAUACUCACGUAGAUCCAGAAGAAACACCUCGGCUUCUGAUGAAGAUGAGCGCGUGUCAGUGGGCAGCCGCGGCAGCCUGAGGCCUGAUUUGGAGUAUGGGGCCCCCUACACCUGGACAAAUGGUUAUGAAGGAGAAUUAUGUGGAUUGCAAUCCCUGAGUAGAAGAUCUGGCAGGAAUUCCAGCUACAGUGGGGACAGCAGAUUCUCUUCUUGGUCAACAUCCAGAGAGGACAAGUUGGGACUGUCCGGCUCUGACCUCGGGCUUCCCAGUAGCAGCCUGGCUCCCAGACCCCUGUCUGCCCAGAAUGGAAACCGGGAAGCAAUUUGGAAGGCUUUUGUGCAUAAUCCGACUCCUCUGCCUUUGGGAAGUGGGGAGAACAGCGCUCCUUCUUUGGCCAGCACUGCCGUUUCCUGUUUUUACAAGCCCAGCCUGGCGGUGCGAAGCCUUUCAGCUGCAAGUGUCCGGGUCUCGUGCAGGGAAGUCAGGACCAGAGCUCUGAGUGCAGAUCAUGUUGUGGAGGCUGAGUGGUCAUCUCCUUGCUGGGUGACUCAUUCCUGGUCACGCACACUCCCUGCCCGGCGCUGCGGCCUUCACAGCCUCUGUCUCGCCGCCUGGCCGGCUCGGAAUUACCGGGCGUCUGUGUUCGAUGACAGCAGUCUCGGUGGGGCUCGAUGGGGCCGUGCCUGCGGUUCCCACACUCCCUCGGAGCCCAGCGGCCACCCGAACUCCAGCUCGCGCGCCUCCUCCAGAGCCAGCUCGGCGCGGGCCAGCCCAGUGGUUGAAGAGAGACCAGAAAAAGACUUCACUGAGAAGGGGUCCCGGAGCCUGUCCGGCCUGUCUGCAGCCACGCUGGCUUCCCUGGGUGGGACGUCCUCUCGGAGGGGAAGUGGGGACACCUCCAUCUCCAUUGACACCGAGGCAUCCAUUAGGGAAAUCAAGGAACUCAAUGAGUUAAAGGACCAGAUUCAGGAUGUAGAAGGCAAAUACAUGCGGGGGUUGAAAGAGCUGAAGGACUCACUAGCAGAAGUUGAAGAGAAAUAUAAGAAGGCUAUGGUUUCCAACGCUCAGCUAGACAACGAAAAGACAAAUUUCAUGUACCAGGUCGAUACCCUGAAAGACACGCUGCUAGGGCUCGAAGAACAGCUGGCCGAAUCCAGGCGACAGUAUGAAGAGAAAAACAAAGAAUUCGAGAGGGAGCAGCACGCGCACAGUGUCCUGCGGUUCCAGUUUGCUGAGGUGAAAGAGGCCCUGAAGCAAAGGGAAGAGAUGCUCGAGGAAAUCCGACAGCUGCAGCAGAAACAGGCGGGUUAUAUCAGGGAGAUUUCUGAUCUUCAGGAAACGAUAGAGUGGAAAGACAAAAAGAUAGGGGCUUUAGAGAGACAGAAAGAGUUCUUUGAUUCCGUAAGGAGUGAACGAGAUGAUCUCAGAGAAGAAGUAGUCAAGCUGAAAGAGGAAUUAAAGAAACACGGAAUAAUCCUAAAUUCAGAAAUAGCUACCAACGGAGAGACUUCAGAUACUCUAAGUAGUUUUGGAUACCAAGGUCCAACCAAGAUGGGGAAAGAAGAGCUGAAUGCCCUCCAGACACCAGGGGACGAGAUGCCAGGAAGAGCCAAUGAAGUGGAGGUGAAAAAUGAAAUUGUGGAGAAUGAGGGGAAAAGAGAAAUCUUGCAGCAUACUGAGCAAGAACAGCACAAAGAGGACCCAGUAAAGGAUCGUAUGGACACAGAGGUGUCCCAUCCUGGUGAGGAUGCUGAGGACCAGAAAACCUCCGAAGACAGUGCCUCCUCCCUAGGGCUGUUAGCAGGUGCUGCGCACAAGGAGCAGGUUCAAGACCAAGUUCUAGAGAACACCCCCUUCCUGGAAGAAACACAGCAGGCUCAGUCACGCGAGGGCACAAACACGCCCCACGACAGGAUAGGAGCUCCCCUUGAGCUGUCCAAAUGUCUGAGUGAAUUAGAUGGUGAAAUCCAGGGUCCUAUGAGUGGGCAGGAGAGUUGUAAUGCCUUGGAUAGCAAAAACCGAAGUGAAGAACCUGCAGAAAAACAGGAAAAAGACAAAGACGAUUUUAAAACCAACUUGGGAGAGGCCGGCACAAAACCAUAUCAGGACCCUGCUCCUUUACAAACAGCUGAAGCUGGCAGUGCAGACACUGGGGGGCAGAAUGUGAGCCCCAUGGGGGUUGUGGGGGGGGCAGGGCUAACUGGAUAUGGGGAGCAAGUGGGCACAGUAGCCUCAAGCCCUCCCAGGUAUGGCGAUGGCACCGAAGGUCACGAUGGAACGUGUGCAGUCGGUGGCCCCCGAGCGUGGGACCCGAGCACGGGGCACGGCCUAGAGAAAGAACUUGCCGUCCAGGAAGUGGCUGAGCCCAAGGGGGUCCCAAGUCAGAGCACAGAAGUGGGCGGGGAAAACGCCGAGCAAGAGGACAAAGAAAGGGAACCGAGGGGUGAGAAACUGACGCAGACCGAAGUCCCAGGCACGCCCUGUUCUGCAGCGGCCCAAAGCAGUCCUCAGAGGACAGGUCCCAGCGCGGUGGAUGCUGGAAGUGAGCCCACAGAUACAAGAGGACCUGAUGAAGAAAAGAGUGACCAGCAGGCGGACGCACUGGAUUCGUCACAAAAGAAGACAAAAAACAAGAAAAAGAAAAACAAGAAGAAAAAAAUACCAGCAGCGGCCGGAACCCUUAACGAGGUUAAGAAAGAGUUAACUUUUCAGGACCCAGAUUUAAGUGAAGUCAAGGAGGAAGAGCAGGUAGGACUUACUGACAGAAGUCCGGCCGUAGAAGCGCCAAGUGAGGCCGCCGAAAAGCCCCAACAGGUUGUAGCAGGAGGCAGUGGAGAUGUUGACUGUCCAGAAAAUCCUAAGAUUGAGUUGGAUGGAAAAUUUAACCAAGACGAUGAUGUAAACACUCAGGCUGAAGGAGACACGUUACAUUUUGAAGAUGCUGCAGUUCCGUCAUCAGGCACUCUUGCCAGUGAUAAAGAAUUAGAUGAAGGUGUGACAAAGGAUAAUGGUGAAGAAGAUGCCACCGCUCAGAGCAAUCCUCCGGGACCGGAGAAUGAAGAGGCGCCUCACAGGGCCCUGCCCGAACGUCCCUCAGGGGACGUGAAUGAUGCCUCCCAAACAGAAGGUACAGAAGGGCAUGAGAUGUCAGAAUAUCCGAGUCAGGUAGUCAGGGGGGCUCCCGAUGGCACCGGUCCAGAGGAUGACGACCUGGCACCAGCCGGGGAGUCGGACAGCAGAGGGACACAAGGCAGGGGCGAGAAGGGCAAAAGCAGAGAAGAUUGCUCCCUGUCCUAGGCCGGGGCGGCGUGUUCGAGGGGGCCGAGGACUACCCAGUAAGUCCCAGCCGAGAGGCUCGUGUCCGUCACCCCCGCUGGGGAGGUUCACGUAUGUUCUAGAUUGAGAGAGAUGCACCGUAUGACACUUGACCACAGCACUAGCUACUACUUUCAGUUAGAGAUCAUUACUCAUAGAUUGUAUUUCAUCAUUAAGGUUUCACCCCAGAGUGGAAAGACACAGCUGUCAUCGGUUGAAGUUCCUGAUUGAGAGCGUACUAAAAGGUGGUAUCAGACACCUGUUUGAGUAAUGCUGUUGGCAUUUCUGGUUAAAAUGGGAAUCAAAAUAUUUAGCAUUUGCCUUAAACUGAUAGGAAUGUGGGUAUUCUCGUCCAGAACGGCAUCUAAUUGAAAUGACCAAAUAGCAUUCUGAGAUUUCCACAUUAUGAGUGUAGUUGAUAAUUAAUGAGUCUCAUUCAAAUAUGUGUAUUUUCUUAUUGGAUUUUGUUGUGCACAUUAUAAUCUACAUGUUAUUUUAUUUUUGAAAGUAAAUUUUGAAGGAGAUAAAUGGCCAAAUAGCAUAUAGGUCACUGAGUGAUAGGAUUUUCACCUUAGAACAAUAACUAAUCAUGGCAGGGAUACCAAGUAAAUGUCUGCCAGCACUUGAGGGAUCUCAGCUGCCUUUACCUCGCCCAGGUUUAGUUUAUCUCAGACCAGUACUUUCAAAUCUCACUGGUGAUGAUACCUGAAUUUACUUUGUAGGAAAUUCAACUUCACUUCAUGUCAAGUGGGUACCAAAGUUAUUUUUAUACAAAGAUUUUUUUUAAUCCUUUUUUGUGAAAGAGAUACACAUUGCAAUUGCAUUUCCUACUGCAGUAUUUGGGUGGGGGAAUCAUUUCUAAAAUAGAUUUUUUUUUACCUUAAAAUCACUUCUCUUUGUAGUUGUCUGAUCAUAUUCAGAGGAGCAGUACAAAAGGCUACUAUUCUUUUGCAAACUGCUGAUUAGGCUAUAACAGGAUGUUUUAAAAGAGUUAAGUUACUUUUGGUAUUUUGGCAUAAAUAGUCUCCUUGGUUGUUUCUCAGUAUAUUCUUAUAACAAAAAUCUUGUUUUGAUUUUCCUUAAGAAAAUUUAUAUUUUCUGUAUAAAGAAGCAUGUAAAAAAACCCAUUGUCAAGUUAAAUUAAAAAGUAAUUGUAAAAUACUAACAUCACAAGGGAAUGUUCAUUGGGUGUGCUGUUGACACUUUAUGAGAUUAUAUGAAUUCAUAUUACUGUUACAGGAUAUAACUGAGUGCAAAAGAGCAAAACCUCAAUGGAAUUUGAGGCAAACAUAAGUGUUAUUAUGCAAUUGAAAUAAAAACAUUUUAUAAUUUUA